UAGAUAGUAAAAAGAAUAAAUUGCCUUUUGUAAUUAUUUUCACAGAGGUGGUUCAACUCAUACUCCCCGAAGAGCAGAAAGUCAGCAUUACCACAGUAACUGUUGGACUAAGCACUGUAUUGACUUGUGCUAUACACGGACCUCUGAGGCCUCCAAUCAUCUGGAAACGCAAUGGGAUUAUGUUGAACUUCUUGGAUUUGGAAGAUAUCAAUGAUUUUGGAGAAGAUGACUCUCUCUACAUAACCAAGGUAACAACUAUUCACAUGGGCAAUUACACGUGUCAUGCCUAUGGCUAUGAAGAAUUGUAUCAGACCCACAUUCUUCAGGUGAAUGUGCCACCAGUGAUUCGUGUCUAUCCUGAAAGUCAGGCACAAGAACCAGGAAUAUCAGCCAGCCUCAAAUGCCAUGCUGAAGGCAUUCCAAAUCCCAAAAUGUCCUGGCUAAAGAAUGGAAUGGCUAUCACACCAAAAUUAUCCAAGCAGCUCCUUAUUUUAGCAAAUGGAAGUGAACUUCAUAUCAGCAGUGUUCGAUACGAAGAUACAGGUGCCUACACUUGCAUUGCUAAAAAUGAAGUGGGGGUAGAUGAGGACAUUUCGUCUCUCUUCAUUGAAGAUUCAGCAAGAAAAACCCUUGCAAACAUACUGUGGCGAGAGGAAGGUCUCAGUGUGGGAAGUAUGUUUUAUGUCUUUUCUGAAGAUGGAAUCACAAUAAUUCAGCCAACUGACUGUGAGAUCCAGAGAAAUAUCAAACCAAAUGAGAAAGUGUUCACCAGUUAUGCAGAUAUCUGUCCUACUCUUGAAGGUGAAGUUGUUCAGUCUUGCCUCUGGGCUUCUGCUGUCAAUGUUAGAGACAAAUAUAUUUAUGUUACUCAGCCUAAGUGGAAUAGAAUAAUGAUCCUUGAUAUUCAGACACAGAAAAUCAUUCAGUCUCUGGAUGUUGAUCCUCUGCCAGUGAAGUUACAUUAUGAUAAGUCACAUGACCAAAUAUGGAUACUUAGCUGGGGGGAUAUGAAGAAAUCCCAUCCAACAUUACAGGUAAUAUCAGAAGCAAGCACUGGAGAGAACCAGCAAUUCAUCUGUACUCACCUGACUGGAAUGGAUGAUUAUUUUAUUCCACCUACAAAUCUGAUUAUCAAUCACAUCAGGUUUGGUUUCAUCUUCAAUAAGUCAAAGGCUGCAGUUCACAAAAUUGAUCUGGAAACCAUGGCUCAUAUCAAGACAAUCAGCUUUGGAAAUUACAGCUGCCUGCCCCAAGCCAUGGCCUACACCCACUUGGGAGGUUACUUCUUUGUGCAGUGCAAAGCAAACACAUCCAUGCCAAGGAUUCCACAACUUAUAAUUGACAGUGUUACAGAUUCUGUUAUUGGUCCCAAUGAUGAUGUAUCAGGUACUCCCUACAUCUCUCCAGAUGGACGUUAUUUGGUCAGUGCAGAUGAAGACAGCAGGAGGAUCAGAAUCCAGGCCAUAACUGUCCAAGGAGAAAUCAAGUUGAUUUAUGAUUUACAAACCUCUAUGCACAUAUCUCAUCUGACAUUCCAAUCCUCUUUCACUGAAGCCAAUCAGUAUUAUAUAUAUGCUUCUUCACAUUUGCAAACAGAUGUGCUUUUUAUUGAGUUGUCGACAGGGAAAAUGGACCUCUUGAAGAACUUAAAAAACCCUAUCAGACCUAAAGACUGGCCCUGGAACAGCUACAACAGAAUUAUCCAAGACAGUGGAUUAUUUGGUCAAUACCUUCUAACACCAGCAAAGAGUUCACUCUUUAUAAUUAAUGGCAGACAAAAUACAUUACGCUGUGAAGUUUCAGGAAUCAAGAAGGGCAACACAGUAGUCUGGGUAGGAGAUGUAUGAAAAAUAUGUGAAAGGAAAAAGAAACCAGAACUUUCAGGAAAAAAAAAGGACUGAUUGAGCAUUUAACUGCAGCAAAAAUAUAUAUAUAUAUGCAGUAGCAUUGUAUAUUUUUACACUGAGGGGGAAAACUGGUAUACAUUUCACAGUAGAAGACUGGUCUAUUGCAAAUAGGGUAUGAUUGGAAUUGGUUAUACUAGGAAUUUAUGUUGAAUCCAGUUUAAUGACUUAAUGUAUGGAAUAUACCCUGGGAAAGGUAGGAUUCACCUGAGAUGCUAUAAGCAACAUCUUAUAGAGCCUCACUUUUGACUUGAAAGGCUGAUCAAUCUUUCAGUUCUCUCUAGGUAAUCAAUUUUCAUUCUGUUAUUCCAACAUAACAUUUUGUAUACAACAUUGUGCCAUGUGGCAUGAGAUCAACACUGUCACUUAGAUAUUUUAUUUUUUCAAGGAUGGAAGAGCUGAAGGAAUUUAGACUUUAUAGAGCCAUUCAUGUCAAAGAUUUCUGGAAUCAUUCUGUAUAGCAGAUAUAUUAAGGCAAAAGAUUUGCAUAUUUUAAAAGGCAAUAUUUCCACUCAUCUAAAAACAGAAUCAAAUUGAGACAGUAAGGUGAAAAACUGGAUUAUGUAUUGUUUCAGCUUCUGCUACUCCUACCUUUUCCCAGUCCCUCUCUUAUAGUGAGAGUAUUGUACUGAAGACACUGCAGUUAACACUAAAGGAAACACUUAAGAAGUGACAAAUCAAGGAUAGAGAGAGAAGUAUGAAAUUGAUUCAGCAAAAAAAUGGAAAGAAAGAUGUAAUCAUGCUUGGAACAGACCAACCGAAAUUGUUAGGAGUAGGAAUUCCACUGUAAGCCAUGGUUUUCUCUUUAGAUAAUACAGUUCCUUCAAAGGCUAAGAUUUAUACGCGCGCGCGCGCGCGUGCACACACACACACACACACACACACAUAACCAAAUGAUAUUGUAUUAGAUCUUUCUCUGAGACCUAACCCAAGCACGUGUAUCUGAUGUAGCCAGAGUUGCAGAACCUCCCGAUCUAGGAAACUUUGUUUAAGGUAUCAAUCAAUGAACAAAUAUGCAAAUAUCUUCUAUGUAAUCCACAAAGAGAUUUAUUAGUUUAUUUUUUGAACAGCAUCAGCCAUACAAAGUGUACAAAAAUAAGCUGCUAUUUUAGCAUUACAGAAAAGAAGCAGUACUGUUUUCAGUGCAGAAACAUUUUUCAGAAAGCAUUUAUUCCCCUUCAUUUAAAAUUUACCAUUAGUCAAAGAAAUUGGGCCCUUCGUAGAAACAAUAGAUACAUCUUUAAAAGCACUCUUUUUAAUAGCAUAUUUUUGUGCAGAAAACUUUUACCUUUUAUAUAAAUCAGGCAUAUCUGUCAUCUAGGAUCUUAGGAAGAAAAGCCUUUUAAAAAAUCUAUCUGUUCCAUUUUGCUGUUCUUCAUAUUCUUCCUUCCUUCAUAAUGUCCUCAUUUAUAGUUGAUUAGCAUUUAGUUAUGAAACACAGAAUAAAGUAACACUCAAUUUAAUGAACUAAAAGGGGAAAGGAAUGCCUGUUAAAGUAAAGCAUCCAUUAAAUCAGAAUGGGAUUUUAUAUUUGCAGGUUUUACACAUCUAUACAUGCAUAAAAUGGGAAUAGGGAUUUAUACAUGCGUAAUUGAUAUAUGGUACGCAUGAAUAAAAUGGUGCAUGGGAUUGUUAUGCAUGUGUAAGUGGCAAAUGGGCUUUUAUGCAUGCACAGAAGCAUACAGCGUACUGACAGAUUUUGUUUAUUGCACUUGAAGUCCAUUAAAGCAAAAUUUUACUGCAAUUUGACAGAAAUUAAGAUAUAUCAAUGAUGCGACCACAGACAGUAAGACUUGUGCAUUGACUCACUGUAUAAUACGAAUACAUUUGCCCAUUUAAAAAGAUGUAACGUAAAUGUAUCUUCUUAAGAAUGUAAACUCUAAUUAAUUACAUUUUGAAAUACAGAUACACAUACAAAUACAAAGUCCCAGUAUACCUUAAGUCAGAAGAAUACAGAUCCCUUUAUCUGAUGCUUUUAUCCUUGAUGUGUUUUAAACUACAACUUCAAUUUGAUGUAACAUAUUUUCCAUUAGGUUUGGUGAGUUUUCCAUAAUAUUGGUGAGUUUCCUCCCAUCCCACCUCCAAAGGGAUUUUGUGGACAGUUUAAUAUUUAUUCAAUAUAUAUGGUAAUAACUAGAAAAGUACCCUCUUUAAUCAUUUUUGCAAGGAAUGAAACCACUGUGUUUUAAAAGCACAACAUUAUUUCUGCCAAGCAGACACUAACCAUCUUUAAUUUGAUUGAUGAUUAUGUGCCAAGGGCUUUAAAGUGUAUAUCUAUGUGUGCUAAGAUAUUCUGUUCCAAAUGAGAUCCCAGUUUCAAUGACUGAAUAUGUAGAACACAAUACCAUGGAUACCCCAUAAUCCUUCGCCUGUCCUAGGGCAGUCUUAUCCACUCUUGUUGGCUGAGGAUUUCUGGGAGUUGAAGUCCACACAUUGGGAGAGUAAGGAGACAGAUUGGGCAAUAUUGAUAAAGACAGUUAUUUGAACUUUCAAGUGGUUUGAUGUGCUUAGUAUCAAGAAUCCCAAUCCACUUUUUCAACUGGUUGGAAUAAAACAAGUAUUUCUCUAUUACAUAUUAGUCUUUCCUGAGAGAUUUCUAUCUACUGCCAUCUACUGCUGAACAUCUCAGGUAGCCUAAAUCUAUAGUAGAAUGUAAGCCACUUCGUUCUGUUAAAAUAUUUUGAAAACCGUAAUCAUAUUUGAGGAUCUAAAAACUGUUGACUAAGAAUUCUUAAUUUAUCCUUCCCUCUCCUCACCAUUCUUCUGUUUUCAUUAUUCAUUCAUGGGAGGUAUUAAAGAUUGAAACCAACCAAAUUCUGAAGUAUUGAUAGAGCUUAAAACAAAUUAUUCAAUUUUUGACAGAAAGAGAAGAAUGAGAUCUUCUAAAUUAAUUAAUGACAGAAUUCUUUCAAUCCAUUGCUUAACUUUCCAGAAAUAAAGAAGGACAUGAGAACUAUUAUAAAAGUACAGUAGUUGGCAUUGUGCCUCUCUUGUCCCAAUGUGAUCAGUGGUAAAAGACACUUUUUCCCACUAAAGCCAUCAUUUGUUUUCCUAUGAGCCUUAGGAGGUUAGAAUUCAGACAUUAAAUAUUGGAUGUAGGCUCCAUUUGGAAAUAUUGCAAAGUAAAGCUGCAUUUGAUUUAUUGUCAAAGUGUUUUAUUGAGUGCUGCUUUAUUAUUCCAUUUUUAUUAUUUUUGUAUAGGUUAAGUUGCCCAUCAAUUAAAACCUUUGUGACAUAGAUGCAGAAAAAAUGUUGAUUUUCUUCUUUGAAAAAGAUCCUUGUAAAUAUCUAUUGAGGUAAAUAUUCUUGAAAUUCCGAUAUGAAGGGUAUGUAAUAAACUUCACUGCUUUCUGUUUACUUUAAUACACUGGAUUAGAGUGAAUUCAAAUGUUAAUUUUUCCAAAGAUUCCUCUGUGACUUUCUUCUUUCGCCCUCAAGUUCUAUUGAUGUGUUUUCUAAAUAUCCAAAUGACCUCAUCCUUCUUAGAAAAUGAUAAUUAAUUUAGGUGCAUCACAUAACUUGUGAACCAUUCCAAUGAUGUUUGAUCUAACUGAAAAGUAUGCACAUUUCAUAAUCAUAAUUCCGAGAUCACAAUUUCUCUGUACCACAAAAGGUGAACAUGAAGUUUGUUUCCUUACAACUCUUGUUUCUUGAGCUUAUUAAAUCUCAUUUG